ACGGCGUGACGUGGGGGUACUGGGAGCUGCUGGAGCCGCGGUCCCGGCUUCAGUUCUGACUACCCGGCCGCCCGGGCGGGAGCAGGGCGAGAGAAGCCACCGCCCCGCGCCGCCCCUGUGCUCGGGGCCCUGAACCCGCCCGGCGGCCGCUUCCCUGCGCUCUUCCUCUAGAGUGAGGAGGGCGCAGCGGGUAACAGAGCGGAGGGAGUAAGGGAGGGUCGCGCGCAUGGCCUCGGCGGGUGCGCGACGGCUCCCGGCCGGGACGCGCGCGGCGACGCGAGGCUGUUGCGGCCUCUCGCAGCACCCGGCCCCGCCCCCGGGCCCUCUGCGACCGCCGGGACCAAUGAGAGUUCUGAUCUCCUGCAGCCUCUUCUUGCCCCGAGCUGCCCAGGUCUUGGCGCCUGAGGCUGGCUUACCUCCCAGCCGUUCCUUCAUGGGCUUUGCUGCCCCCUUCACCAACAAGCGAAAGGCUUACUCGGAGCGUAGGAUCAUGGGGUACUCAAUGCAGGAGAUGUACGAGGUGGUAGCCAAUGUCCAGGAGUAUCGUGAAUUUGUGCCCUGGUGUAAGAAGUCUUUGGUGGUCUCCAGCCGCAAAGGUCACCUGAAGGCCCAGUUGGAGGUUGGCUUUCCACCUGUCGUGGAACGUUAUACUUCUGCUGUUUCCAUGGUCAAACCUCACAUGGUCAAGGCUGUUUGCACUGAUGGCAAGCUCUUCAACCACUUAGAGACCAUUUGGCGGUUUAGCCCUGGUAUUCCUGCCUAUCCCCGAACUUGCACUGUGGACUUUUCGAUUUCCUUUGAAUUUCGUUCUCUGCUGCACUCCAAGCUGGCCGCCAUGUUUUUUGAUGAGGUUGUCAAAAAGAAUGUCGCUGCUUUCGAGCGCCGGGCAGCAACCAAGUUUGGUCCAGAAACAAUCAUCCCCCGUGAAAUGAUGUUCCAUGAGGUGCACCAGACUUGAGGCAAAGGAUUGUUCCCUAGCCUCUCCUCUCCUCUCCCUUCCCACCCAGUUCUCUUAUUUAUUUCAUUUGGCUCCUGCUCUAAUCUGAGAGAAGAAUCUGUGUUCGUAAUACUAUUCUCCCUCUCAAUUCCCCAGACACUGGGCUCUAAGCUGGCUGGAAAUGCUGGGAGAAAGAAAAGGCAGGGAGGUAUGGAAAGGAGAAAUGCCUUGGAAAUGGUCAGGCUCAUCCUGAGAGCCCUGAAUGCUUGAUGCCUGCAACCUUCUCACACUGAAUUAUAAUCAGGACUACAGAGUUAUCUCAGCUCUUGUCAAAGUGCCUUAGUGUGUGACCAGGGAAAGACAGCAACUUUUUAAGGACUGAAUUCAUUGAGCUCUUUCCUCUGACAGAGAGCUGUUGGGUGGUCAAUAACUCUGCCUGCCUGAAAGCCUCAGAUGCCCGAAAUCUGGCCCCAGCUUGAAAUCCAUAUGACCUCACUUUAAGAGUAUUUCCAUGCUGCCUGGAUAGUGGAGAGCGAAGGGCUUUCUUACCACCAGUGCCACAGGGGCAAGGAGCAAAAAACACUGAACAGUUGUACUCUUGGGUUGUAUCUUAUUCUUCCACUUGGCCUGAGUUUUUAUAAAAUUUCAAUAAAUAAGUUAUGACAGUGUGAA